AUGAAUCAAUUCUGGCAGCAUAAGUGCGCAAUCAAGAAUCCAACCAAUGAAGUAAAGCAACAGAUUAAGAAGAUGCGAAUUAAAGCAGGAGAUGAGCUUGAGAAGGCUAUAAAGCUCACAAAGAGACCUUCAACUACAAAGCACACGGAGUUGCCUCUAGCGAAAAGGCAGCGAGUGGCGGAUCCGAGUGCAUCCUGCACCGGCGAUAUUAUUCAACCGCUUUGGAACUCCUUGGAUAGACAAGGUCUGCUAGGGCCACUUGACUCGGAAUUCGGCAAUCAAGCUUUCCCAGCAUCAAUAUCGAACUGGCCUGAACGGGCCGAACUUGGGCAUGCUCCUAUCUGGUCUUCACAGGCGUCGGCGUAUGACCAACAUGGAGGCGGAAACGAAGCAUUGUGGCCACUAUUACCGACAAUUCUUGAAAGCGGCAAUACGAGUAUGCUUUUUACCGAAAGCACUGCCCUCCCCGUACCGUUGAACAAUACGCAGACGAGCCAACUUCUGGGGCUCUAG